GCCAUGGAGUUUCCCACCUAAGAGAAGUUUGAGAGACGAGAUUGGUCAUGGGAAUGGAUCAAUUAUUUUUCUUACUGCACUGUAUUAUUAGUUUUUCAAACUGUUGUGUCGUCCUCAUUAACUGGCAGGAUAACUAUCCACUUCGUGACAAAGUGAAAUGUACUGGGGCCAUUCUCCAUCAGUCUUUUAGGCUAUUUAAGAAGGUAUUGCACUGUGCUGCUCCUGUUCUUGUGCACUCUUAUGCUUCACAUGCUGUACCGCUAAUAAGAAAAAACAAAAAAAUAUAAAACCAGCCAUCAUCGCUGACUCACAGCACAUUCGGUCGAGGAUUCUUGCGCAACCAGUUUAUUCUUCUAAGCGGUUCUGUUCUUGCUAUCGAGAAUGAUAUCAGCAAUUCUGCUCGUCCAGCUAUUAGUGCCGGCAGUGGUGGUGAUCCUCAAGAGUGCAGAUUGUACUCCAGUACCAAAGCAAAAUGUUUCUCCAGGAGCAGGUUUCAUCCCAGUUUUCAUAAGAGUAGGUGAUACGCCUCUUGAAAACAUAAACCCCGAGCUAGCCGAGGCAUUUGAAGUUUACGCUAUUAAGAAUGGAAGGGUGGGAUAUCCAAGACCAAAUAUGAUCGCAAACGACAGAACCAAGCAGCAGGCUCGUACACAAAAUGCAGUUAAGAAGCUCGAAAUAUCUGUAGAAGAAACGAAUCUACCUCACCAUAUCCAAAAAAUAGCUAAGACUAUCUGAAAUUGUUGUAGCCAAUCAAAACAUAAAAUAAAUUAUAGAAACAAACCAGUCUGCGGAUUUCAGUAUCUACGUUCGAUCAAAUGUUAUGCGUUACGAGGUUAGUAAAUUUAUGUGACGUAUGAUAAACUUUAUUUUUGCGAAAAAAGAAUAUAUUGACUAUUUGAGAUUUUUAUACAUUACA